CUCGUCUGCGUCGUCCACCCGCUGCUGGUGCUGGGCGCUACAAAUACCCGCGGAAUGGCAAUGGCGUGCGCAGCAGCCGCGAAGAAAAGAAAAAGGCAUCCAAGAACGGAGAAGCGGCAGGAAGGAACAGGGAGACGAAGAGAGCCAAGAGGACAAUGGGUGUGAGCCUUGCGAAGGCGGUGGCGGCGCUGAUGGGCACGUGCGCGCGGCGGCUCUCGCGGGCGGCGCGCCAGCUGCGCCUGCGGCCGCCGCGGCAGGGCCUCGCGGCGUCCUUCUCGUCGUCGCGGGCCAUCGUGCCGUUCUUCAGUGGCGGCGGUGUCAUCAGGAAGGCGCUCUCGUCGUCGUCGUCGUCCAAGUCGAAGAGGAGGAGGAAGGCGGAGGAUGACGAGCUGAGCUUCGAGUGGGAGGACGGGGUGUGGAGGAAGGAGAUCAUGAUGGGGGAGCGCUGCCAGCCGCUGGACUUCUCCGGGGCCAUCUACUACGACGCCGAGGGUCGCCGCCUCGAGCAGGCCCCGCCGCCGCGCUCGCCGAUGCGCAGCCCGCUGCCGGCGUCCGCCGUGCUCGCGGCCAACGCCGGAGGACAAUAGCUUUGGCUACAAGUGUACAUUAUUAAUUCCCUUCCAGCUCCACUUCUACGUUCUCUCUUUCCCCCCUGCUCUUCUCUUUCCUUUGGCCGUUUGGCGUGCGUAGCGAGUACCUUGGAGGAUUUUAUGGAAAUUCGGCUUGC